AUUUGGUAUUAAUUAGAAAAAGAACAACCUUCCUUUCCUAAAAAUAAUAAAUUAACAAAUCAAAUGAUACAAAAUCUUUAGAUGAAUUAAGGUCGAUGACUAUUCAUUCUAUUUGCCGUUCAUGAGUAAAAAUUGCUCGUUAAUUUGUACGUUUUCUUUUUCUACUUGAAAUAUUGUAGUCAUUUUUACAUAGUCAAGUUAGAUAAGUAAAUAUUGAAUUGAUUGGAUCAUUUUUUUUUAAUAAAAAUGUGUUUGGAAAUUAAUAUUCGAGCCACGAAAACUUGGUCUGUUUAUGUUUCAUAAAAUUAAGAAGAAGAAAAGUUUCUUCAAAUUUGCUUUGACAUAUUUUUAAUUAUAUUUACUGAUAAUUAUGUCAAUUCAAAAUAAGAAAAAGAAAGAAUAUUUUGUAAUCAAACCCUUCUAAUAAUCAAUUACCGGACAUUCAUUAAAAUAAUUAAGAGCGUAUUCAAUUUAAAAUAUAAGCAAAGUUUAUUUAAUUCUAAAUUAUAAAAGGAAAACUUAUGUAAAUCUCACAAGUUUUAAAGUUUAUUAUUUAGAUAUUUCGUAUCUUAUUAAAUUUUCAUUCCUUCAAAUAUGACCUAUACAUAUACACAGAGAGAGUUAGCAUCAAUUAACCAAAAAUUUUAUGCACAAUUUUUUGGUCAGAUUUAAAUUUUUGAUUUCUCAAAAAAUGAAAUAUGCUGUAUUAAUUGGGACAAAGUGAACAGUAAUUAGGAUCAUUAGGAUUUUGAGAGAGGAUCAUUAGGAUGUGAGAAAAGUAUUGAAACACACUGUGCAAAUUAUUAGUUUCCUCCUCAAACUAUUGAUAAUAUUAAAAAUAAUUUUUUACUGGACUAACUAAGUUUAGAUACAGAUCGGAGCAGUCAUAUGACAUAACAAGUGGUUUCAAACUCUUGUAACAGUAUGAGACUCUUAGUAAAAAUUCAAGAGAAGUGUUAAAAAUAUCCUAAACUUGACGAUAAUUUAGGAGAUAUGCUUAAUUUCAACUAGUCAAGUAAAAAAAUAUUUUUAAGAUUAUCAAUAGUUAAUGAAUGGAACUAAUAUUUUACGUCGAGUUAAAUAAUUUUUCAAUACUUUCUAUCUUAAAAACUAAUAUUAAUUUUUUCACGAGUGAUUUAACUAAUUUUUAAAGCUAUAUAUAUAUAUAUUUGGGUACAAUUAUAUUUGGCUCGGAAGUUAAAUAUAGUUAUCUAAGUUGCAAGUCUAUACAACCAAACACCGCUCCAAUUUUGCCUUAGAUCCAACCUGUAAAUUCAUUUUCCAUUUCCCCCUCCAACCUCGCCGGCGACGCCGUCUGUAUCCUCUUCUCCCAGCCACCACUCCGGCAAGUGAAAAGCGGAGAUGAAAGCAACACGUGGCUGCAGAUUCUCCUUCCACGUCACCGUCGUCGCUGCGGCAAUUGCUUACAUUUACUUCUCCACUGUAUUUGUAUUCAUUGAUCAGUGGUUGGGACUUUGGUCGUCUCCCGGUAUACUUAACGCCAUCCUGUUUUCCGUCGUUGCUCUCUUCUGCAUUUUGAGUUAUGCACUUGCAAUAUACACUGAUCCGGGUCGUGUUCCUAGCUCCUUCAUACCCGAUGUCGAAGACCCGGAGAAUACGGUUCAAGAGAUCAAGCGAAAGGGUGGGGAUAUGAGAUACUGCCAGAAGUGUUCCCUUUAUAAGCCUCCACGUGCCCAUCAUUGUCGUGUAUGUAAUAGAUGUGUACUGCGAAUGGAUCAUCAUUGUGUGUGGAUGAAUAAUUGUGUGGGCCAUGCAAACUACAAGAUCUUCUUCAUCUUCGUUUUAUACGCAGUUAUUGCUUGCAUAUAUUCCCUGGUUCUGCUUGUUGGUAGCAUAACUAUUGAUUCUCCAAAGCACGACCAGCAAAGUGAAGGUUCUUACAGAACAGUAUAUAUUCUUUCAGGGCUUCUACUGGUCCCACUAAGUUUGGCACUGGGUUUUUUUUUGGGUUGGCAUGUGCACCUGAUUUUGCAAAACAAGACAACUAUUGAGUACCAAGAAGGUGUCAGAGCUAUGUGGCUGGCUGAAAAGGGAGGUCAUGUGCAUUCACAUCCAUAUGAUCUUGGUGCAUAUGAGAAUUUGAUAUCAGUUCUAGGCCCAAAUGUAUGUUGCUGGGCGUGCCCCACAACAAGGCAUAUAGGUUCUGGCCUUCGAUAUCGGACACCAUUUGAGGGCUUUUCCUCGACAUCAAGAUAAACAUGUUACUGAAACACCCUGUGACAAGAUGUCAAUGUUUUAGUUGCCAAAGAAGCAGAGGAAGCCUUGUUCUGCUUUGGAAGUAGCAAGCUUAACAGUGUCAGCUGCUUGCCAUCAGCCAAGAUUAACAACAUGGAGGUGAUUUUUCAAUUUUUUGUUUUCUGUCAUUUCAGAGAUCUCCAAUCUGAGACACUAACAAAAAGGUAACGAGAGUUAUCGAAGAGGUUGUCAAUAGGAGAGAGUUGAUAGUUCCCAUUGUUCAUAGUUGGGAUUAUAAAGCUAGCGUACACCAUGUAAAAUAGAAAAGAACUUGCAUGUAGCUCAAACAGCUGUCUUCCUUCUUCCAGCAUAAUUGGUAAUGUUGACAAAAUGACAGGCCAUUGGUGAAUCCUUUUUCCUGAAACAAAUCAUAGCAACUUAGGGUGAAAGUUAAUUCAAAGUUUUUCAAUCUUGUCAAGGGUUAAAUCGGUUUGGCGUAGGGCGGUGUUUAAGAAUUUUUUUUCCUUAACCAUCUGGUAUUUGAUGCACUGACUCGAUUAAUCCAAAUUCAUGUAAGCCCAGCCUACCAAGGAAACAUUUUUAUAUUUUUAUUGGUCAAAUUUGAGACUUGUAAUUAAGAUAUUCCUUCUGUCUAUCUUCAAAAAUAAAAUUAGUAAUUCCUUCUG